CAUAUUGCUGUUUUGUCAACAAAUAUGUAUAUUAAUAAUUGACAUUAUUCUCUGGAAGAUGUGAUACUGUGUAGUGUGAGGGCACCGAUAACACGAGUGACCGAGUGAUUAGACACUAGAAUCGCCGAUUUUAUUACAAUUUUAUGUCGUCGGUGUUUUACGUUACUGAUAAAUUGUAAAUCGUGACCCCUAGUUUUGUUACAUCUAUUCAGUCAAUAUUAAAGCGCAAGUUAUAUUUAACGCGAAUAAAGUACUGCUAAAUUAAUAUUGUAUAAAUUGUUUAUAAAAUAUAUUUAAAUCUCUCAUCAUUGUAGUUGGCGCUAGAUGGUAAAUGAAAUUCAUACAUUGCAGUUUAGGCAUUCGUUGCGUGAACACACGAGUCGCUUUUAAUAAAUUAAAAAAAUAUUGUUUAUGCUUUCUGGAGCUCAAAUUCUUUUGAGCUGUAUGUCUAUAAACGCAACUGUGCAGGCGGAGGGCCGGGUGAUGGGACGCCGGUUUGUGCUAACCCUGGUGAUCGGGAUAUCAGCCGGUUUUAGUUUUGCCUACAUACUACUAACAUCAGCUGGAUUUCCCCGAGACGUAGCCUGGUCAUCGUACAGAGAGUCGGCAAGGGAUUUGGAUCGACACCCGAUAGUGAGCGUCAUUGAACAUGGCAGUGAUGAGCCAGCUCAUAGGGAUGAAGAUCGAUCAGUGGCAGAUGAACUGGCUAAGAAAGUUAGGGUGCUUUGUUGGGUAAUGACGCAACCCAGCAAUCACGAACGGAAAGCGAGGCACGUUAAAGCGACUUGGGGAAAACGAUGCAAUAAACUGCUCUUUAUGAGUACAUCUGAAGAUAGUUCCCUUCCAACAGUGAAGCUGCCGGUUAACGAAGGGCGUGACUAUUUAUGGGCGAAGACAAAGGCCGCCUUCCGAUACGUGUACGAACAUCAUCGGCGGGAUGCUGAUUGGUUCUUGAAGGCUGAUGAUGAUACAUAUGUCGUAGUUGAAAAUCUUCGUUUUAUGCUGUCAGAACAUGAUAGUUCGGAUCCUAUCUAUUUUGGAUGCAGGUUUAAGCCCUUUACAUCACAGGGUUAUAUGAGUGGGGGUGCUGGGUACGUAUUAAGCAGUUCAGCAUUGGAGCGGUUUGUCAACAAAGGCCUCCCUUCACCUCAUCUCUGUAAGGCCAGUGAUCAUGGUGCAGAAGACGCGGAAAUGGGUAUAUGCCUGGAGCACAUAGGUGUCAAAGCAAUGGACUCCCGUGAUGCGUUACACCGAGGCAGGUUCUUCCCUUUCGUUCCUAAAGACCAUCUUUUUCCCAACCACGAUAAAGGAUUUUGGUACUGGAAGUAUAUCUACUAUCCUUCCGAUGAGGGUCUCGAUUGCUGUUCGGACCACGCAGUAUCAUUCCAUUACGUGGAACCACAACAAAUGUAUGUAUUAGACUAUCUUAUAUACCAUUUACGGCCUUACGGUAUCCGUUAUGGCGGCGCAGACAUCAUUCCUCAUGUAAAAACUGAAAGAUUAAUUUCUUCUCAAAUCUCUACCCGGGAGAUAAACGGGACGAGAUGAACAUUCCGAUACUAGUCAUAGAUUUAAGUGAGUUAUGUAAACUGUUAGAUAGAAUCUCGUAGUGAUUUUUUAAGAUUAAUUUAUUAUAUAGAAGUUGUAUAUUUAGGUAGUAUUGACUUUUAUUAACAUAACUUUUACACAUUUAAAGAAAAACACUUUUUUAACGGAUUGAAGUUAUGUAUU